AUGAUUCGCACAAUAGGCUUUGCGCUGGCUGCCAGCGCAAUGGCCCAUGAAGAGGUCAGCAUCACAGAACCCUUCAACUUCGGGGGUGCUGCAAAUGCGACCCGCACAGCUUUGCAGUCCUACUUGCAGAGCAGAUUCAGCGCUGCUUCUCCUGUAUUGCCAGGGAAAGGAGACCCUGCACUGGACCCUUGUCCUGUCUUAAAUGAAUGGCCCAGCAAAUUGGAGAUUGAUACGCCAAACCCUUGUACUCUUUCGCCAACUGGAAGCUGGACAACAUCCGAAGCCUCAUUUGAUGGAGUGCCUUUGGUCAUGUCCUGGACCCAGCAGUGCAGUAAGCUUGGAGGAGGUUUGGUUCCCAUCACCUCCUACACGCUUCCCAGCGGUGGCGUCUUUGGGUCAACCCAGCCAGUGCCUUCUUUAACUGGGAACACCUUUCGCUUGAAUGAUUGCGUUGGAUAUACACGCUUCUUCUUGGACGAGAAGGUAUACCACGUGCCUGGCGAGCCGGAUGCACACGCUUGUGAGAUCUACGGCUCCUGCGAUGGGUCAGUCUUCUUGCAAUUUCUCAUCAGAGAUCAUGCAGGUCGCACGAUCGCUCACACUCCCUACCUUCGGUUGUUCCAGAGUUCUUUCAACAUAGAGGAUGUCAAUGGUCUAUUGGUGGCACAGGUGGAGAGGGUGGGUCGGUGGAACCCCAUGUCGAAGACAUGCACCGGUGAAGCACACAAAUGGUUAGUGAAGUUUCCCGAGUUGGGCAUCCCAGGAGCCUCCGCUCUGUUUCCCACUGUUGCUGACCGAUGGCCUGUGGCUGAGCUUGUGACCAUUAUGUCAACUCGCGAUGGAAGCCGUUUGCCUUCUGGGCUGGUGGCCCCCAGCCUUUGCGAAGUGGAAAAGACCGGGCUGCUGAUCUUCUCCAUUGCAUUUCUUGUAAUUGCUGUUGGAGCUGUUGCCAUUCUGUUUGUACGUGUUGGGGUAUCGCCCACCCAGCUCAUGUGCUUGGACUUGGAAGCCCGCUUUUGCCCCCGAAGGAAGAGGACUCCAGCCAGCCUCCCGAAAUACACGGUUUGA